CUCCUCGCGGCUGCAUUGGGGGAAAGAAUAAACGAUCCUGGCGUCUACGGGAUAAGCAUCCAGGUUGAUUUGCUACGGUACAUACGUACUGUAACGACUCGGCGCGAACAAGGACUGCUGGAGGGGACGAAAAUGAUGCAUCAGCAAUCCAUGAUGGUUGGAGAUAUGGUCCAUUCUGAGAUACCCGUGCAUGGGGGGCAUGGGGGAGGGGAGGAGAUGAACAACUUGGGAUAUGAGAACAACGUCGGGGGGUCGUAUGCUUAUGACGAUCUGUUCCCGGCGUUGCCUCAUUCCCAGCCACCGGUACAACGCAACAUUCAGCAAGUUAGCAACAGGCUUCGUGUCGGCUCCUCUCUUCAUACCCAGGUUUUCCACGUGCCAUACGAAGAAAGAAAACAGGACAACGCGAACACUUUUGGCGAGGGUGAAUCGCUGCGGACAUGCCAAUCCAUCACCAAGGAAACCGGCGCCCAUAUCGAGAUCUCGACCAGCAAGGACGGAAGCCUUACGUUCCUCAUUACCGGGAAGCAUAGUGCUGUGCUUGAGGCUAGGCGCAAGAUUUUGACUCACUUCCAGCAACAGGCAAGCAAGCAAGUGUCGAUUCCCAAGGAACAUCACCGCUGGAUCCUCGGUAAGCAAGGGCAAAAGCUUAAGGAUUUGGAGAAAGUCACAGCGACCAAGAUCAGCGUGCCCGGAAUCAACGACACCAGCGAAAUCAUCACCAUUACGGGCACCAAGGAAGGCAUUGAGAAGGCCGAACAUGAAAUCAGGGUGUGCUCUGAGGAACAGUCGCGUAAGGCACUCGAGCGUAUUUCGGUUCCGAAGAUCUACCACCCGUUCAUCCAAGGGCCGUACGGUGAGCGCGCGGCUGCUCUCAGCGCGGAGACCGGCGCGCGCAUCCACAUCCCUCCUGCAUCCACUCAGAGUGACGUCAUCGUCAUCGCUGGGGAGAAGAACGGCGUGCUGGCUGCUAAAGCACAAAUUGAAGCAAUCUACGAGGAAAUGCAGAAGAAAUGCUCAACCGUGCGAGUAGAAGUGCCCAAGUCGCAACACAAGUACGUGAUUGGUGCUCGUGGUACUACCAUCCAGGAGAUCUUGAAGGAAACUGGUGUAUCUGUUGAGAUGCCGCCUCCGGAUUCUCCUACUGGCACCAUUACGCUGCAUGGUCCCCAUAACAAGAUUGGUUUGGCUCUGUCGAAGGUAUGUGAAAAGGCGAACUCGGUGAAGACUGCGACCGUAGACGCGCCCACGUGGAUACACAAGUACAUCAUCGGAAAGAACGGCUCUAAUAUCAAGAAAAUAACCCAGGACUUCUCAAAAGUGCACGUGGAUAUAACGCAUUCUGAGGACAAAGUGAAGAUCGAUGGCCCGCCCGAGGAGGUUGAACGCGCGCAAUUGGAACUCGACGAGUUCGUCAAGAACCUCCUCGCCACACUCACCUAUGUCGAAUUGUCCGUUGAUCCCAAGUUCUUCAAGCACAUUAUCGGCAAGAAUGGAACUAACAUUAACAGACUGAAGGAUGAGACUGGCGUAGUUAUUAACAUAAUAGAAAACGAAGGAAACAAUGUGAUUCGCAUCGAAGGCAGCCAUCAAGGUGUCGCCGAGGCCGAAAGGGAGUUAAGAGAAAUGGUUAUGAAAUUAGAAAAUGAGCGAACGAAAGAGAUAGUCGUAGACCACAGGUACAUAAAAUCCCUCAUCGGGGUCAGAGGGGACAAGAUUAAGGAGAUUCGUGAGAGAUUCGAUCGCGUACUCAUCACGCUGCCUGACCAGGGACAAAAAAGGAGCCCCAUCAAACUGAGAGGGCCUCAGGAAGAUAUCGAGAAAUGCGAGAAAUACCUUCAAAGGCUCCUCAAAGAAAUAGCUGAAUCAUCGUACGUGCAAGAGGUGCCUAUCUUUAAACAAUUCCACAAGUUUAUCAUUGGCAAGGGCGGUGCCAACCUUAGAAAGAUCCGGGACGAGACGCAGACCCAGAUCGAUCUUCCAGCCGAGGGCGACGACAGUGACGUCAUCACCGUCAGAGGCCGGCGGGAGAACGUAGAAGACGCCGUGAGAAGGAUACAACAGAUCCAUAAUGAAAAAGCCAAUGUGGUCACUGAAGAAGUAACAAUCGCACCUAAAUAUUACAACUCUUUGAUCGGCGCUGGCGGUAAGCUGAUCCACUCUAUAAUGGAGGAGUGCGGCGGUGUUUUGAUCAAGUUCCCGCCAGCUGACAGUGACAGCGAUAAGGUGGUGAUCAAAGGGCCGAUAGAAGAUGUUGAGAAGGCCAAGCAGCAGUUAUUGGCACAUGCGAAUGAGCGCGAGUUGACUUCCCACACGGCACAGGUGCGAGCCAGGUCUGAGCAUCAUAAGUUCCUUAUCGGCAAAAACGGUGCCAAUAUCAAGAAGAUCCGCGAGCAGACCGGCGCUCGCAUCAUCUUCCCAACAGAAAAGGAUGAGGACAAGGAGGCAAUCUACAUCAUUGGUCGCGAAGAACAGGUGGCGGCAGCGCGGCGUCAACUGGAAGUGGCCGUAGCCGAAAUCAGCAAUGUGGCCGAGGGCGACAUGGCUGUACCCCCCCGCCACCACCGCCACUUCGUAGCACGAAGAGGAGAAGUACUGCGCCGUAUAGCCGACGACUGCGGCGGCGUGCAGAUCUCCUUCCCUCGCCAGGGCGUCAACUCGGAUCGCGUUGUCCUAAAGGGGCCGAAAGACUGCAUCGAGGCCGCUAAACAGCGCAUCCUGGAGAUUAUUGAGGAUUUAGAGGCCAAGGUGACGAUUGAAUGCGUGAUUCCACAAAGACAUCACCGCACGGUGAUGGGAGCGCGCGGUGCCAAGGUGAAGGACAUCACGGCUGAAUUCGACGUGCAGAUUAAGUUCCCCGAGCGUGACACCAAUGAGGCGGCUGAUAUCCCCGUGAAGAACAAUGAGGAGAGCGUUGAGCCUGGUACCAAUGAUAUCAUUAAGAUCACUGGCAGGCCAGAAAACUGUGAAGCUGCGAAGAAAGCUCUCCUUGAACAGGUGCCAAUAACGAUCGACGUGGAAGUGCCGAACGAGCUGCACAAAUUACUUGCCGGCCAGAAGAGGCGCGAGCUCAUGCAGACUUACGACGUACACAUACUCCUGCCCCCUAAUGACGACACUAGCGACAUAGUCAAGGUGACCGGUACUCCAACCAAUGUCGAGAAAGCCAAACAAGCCCUCCUCGAAAAGAUCGUCGACAUGGAAAAGGAGAAAGAAGACAGAGCCCUCAGGUCAUUUGAGCUAAAAUUCAAAGUAGACCCUGAGUACCAUCCAUUGGUGAUCGGCAAAGGUGGAUCCGUGAUCACUAAGAUCCGGACAGACUACGGAGUUCAAAUUAACCUUCCAAAGCGCGGGGAACCCGAUGACGACAUCAUCACCAUCCAGGGUUACGAAGAUAAGGCGCAUCAGGCCAAGCAAGCGAUUAUGGCAAUUGUCGAUCAACUUAACAGUCAAUGCCGCGAAGAAGUAGACAUCGAUUCUCGCGUGCAUAGGCGGCUGAUCGGACUGCGCGGCAAGAAUAUUCGCAAAAUCAUGGACGAUUUCAAGGUCGACAUCCGCUUCCCCAAGAACCAGGAUGACAGCCUCGUGGUCAUCACUGGGGAUGAAGAUAAUGUACUAGACGCUAAGGAUCAUCUCCUCAAUUUAGCUGAGGAAUAUUUACAAGAUGUAGUAGACCGCUACCAAAGGCCAGCGGCGCCAUCUCUUGGCGAUUUCGGCGAGUUAAGUGGAGGGGACUCGUCCAACGCCAACGCGACGGGCGCGCCCGCUGCUGGUUUCGUGGUAAAGGGCGGGCCGUGGGAACAACGCGCCCCAGACACGGCCUCGACACACGAAUUCCCCACAAUGCCGGGAGCAAACCGCGCCCCUGCCCCCGCUGCGUCCGCCCCUUCUGUUUGGGGCCCUCGCCGCUAAACCCCCACGCACGUGAGACCGAAUAAUAUCUACGUAGAUCUACACUUUCCCUUUCCUAUACUAUCGGUACUCUCGCUGUAACACAUCUGUCGUGUGACGUAUUCUACGUUUUAUUUUUUUUUACUCAAAUUACUUAGAAUAUUAGCCAUAUGACAGCUAUGAAUUGUAAUUUACUGCGAGAGUAUUCAACAUAUAGAAGAAACGUGUCCCGCCAUGUCCGUAACGUCACGUUGCUUCUGUACUAUUCGCUUCCUUUUGAAAACUAUCGCCUAACUAAUCUUUAAAUUCGUAUAUUUAUUACCUAAGAAAAGUGCAGGUUUAAUUGAUUUUUUAAACGAUUUUGUAAAAACAUUGCAUGUUUAUUACCGACAAAUCCAAUACUUUAUAUGAAAUUGUAACAUACAAGUUCGGAAAUAGGCUUCAUAGAUGGCGACACUAUCGCAAUCACAUGUAGUUGGCAGAUCUCCCCGAGCGUUAUUAUUUUUUCAUCUCGGAAUUGUCGAUACUUUGUCUGCGUAAGUAUUAUUUAGUCUAGUGCUCCAGUCUUCCCUAUAGACGCCCUCUCGUGCCUCUUAGCAUCUAUGAUAUACGUGCCGAGGGCGUGUGAUUAUAUGCAUACAUACAUAUACAUAUUUUUAAGUCUGUUCGUAGUAUAGAACGGGGUACGCUGUAAUAAAAUAAUUAUGUUUUCUUGAUCCGCACGUCUUACUGUGCGAGGGGA